CAGGAGAUUCAAAGUUGGCAGCAACGUCUCUGCCCAGAUAGCCGUGUAACCCACUAUUUACACCCGCAGCUAAAGCUUUGUUAAAAAGCUUAGAACAGCUAAAUAUCUUCAUGUGUCUCUACGCUUGAGGUCAGGUGAAGUGGGUUUUUAGAAAAUGGACGGUAGAGUUAUCGGACCGGGUCCGUACAGGGCGACCAAGCUGUGGAAUGAAACCAUUAAACUGUUCCGUGGAGGCAUGCCUCUGAGAAGGCACUGGGCACACUUCCGCUACUAUGACUGGAGUUUCACAGGAUCUGAGGCUGUGGAUUAUCUGCAUGAGCUGCUGAGGCGCAACCACAACUUUGGGCCUGAGGUGACUCGCUAUCAGACUCUGCAGCUGCUCAAAAAGUUCCUCAAGGCCCAUGUCGUUGAAGACAUCAAAGGACGCCAUGGGACAGAGGACUUUGAAGACAAUAGCCAUCUGUACAGGUUCCCCACACUAUCUCCCCUCAAGUCUUUUCCAACAAGGCCUCUGUUGAGAGACCGCAGUGACCUGCCCAGACUCAUUCGCUGGGAUGACUACGAAGAAUUACCGCAGCGGGAAAACAUUGCCCCGCUGAAGUCUGCUGUCAUGACCUCAGAUUUGUGGAAUAAACGGCACAGUGUAGCUAUUGGGGAUGUGCAUGAAUGCAAGCUCAUACGGAGGAAGGAGAUAACUACAAAACAAGUGGAUCAUAUCUGGAAAUCAAUGACAGUUGCACAUUUGCAGAGAGUGCUGGGCCUGAUGUCACUGAAUGGAGUUUUAAACCCUGCGUAUGUGAAUGGCAAGCACAUCGUUCAUAACGUCUUCAACGUUAAUAAGACAGGCAUAGUGAUAUUGGAGAAUAAAGCAGAGGACAUGCCAUAUUGGGUGGUAUCGGCAAUGAAAUGCCUCGCCAACUGGCCUAACGGCAAUGAAAGCAAACAGCCAGUAUACCCAGGUUUCGAGAGAGAUGUUCUGAAAACAGUAGGAGACUACUUUCAGAGACUCAAAGAACCCCUGCUCACGUACCAUCUAUAUGAAGUCUUUGUCAACAUUCUCAGUCUGUUGCAGGAGCAGGAGGUUGCCACUGAGGCUCUUCAAGUCAGCUGUCUCUUACUGCCGCCACCCAACCGAAGACGCCUCCAGCUAUUACUCCGUCUCAUGUCCCGGGUCUGCCAGAAUCCCCACCUGCCUCCACUCAAUGAUGCUAUUGCUACUCGCACACUGAUGGUGCAGAUGUUUUCCCACUGCGUUCUGGGCUCAGUAGACGAGAUGGACUUGGAUGAGCUGCUUGCCACCAAACUGGUGACCUUCAUGAUGGAGCACCACAACAUCAUCUUCCAAGCUCCUUCCAAGCUGCGUCGCCAGGUUGAGGAGCACCUGUCUCACCUCAAAAGAGUUCAGAUCAAAUAUGCAGGAUCAGACACAGACUUCAGCGCAUCUCCAGCCUUUUGUAAACAGAUCAGCAGGGUGGAGUCUGAGGAGCAGAAGGUGAUAGGAACCCAGACCCCCCUGCAUGAGCUGCUGGAGGGCCUGAUUGCAGACAAAGAACUUCCUGCCAAGGACAAGAGGAAACGGCUUAAACAGUUCCAGAGGUCAUACCCAGAAGUCUACCAGAGUCGAUUUCCCACUGAAGAAAGCAAAGCUGCUGUCAUACCAGAGAAAACCUCGCGACUCAAACCUCCUCUUAUGUUUUUCAACCUCAAGAAAUCCUUUGAGCCCUUUCAGAGGAGCUGGAGUUUCAGAGCAUGAUCCACCAUCUCUGACACAUCUGCACUUCAGGCUUUAUACACAAGUCCACCUCAGUGUCAUGAAACAAGGAGCAGUGGGGCUUAAAUGGUGCUUUGGCCACAGCAAAUAAUACAUUUUACUUUGUAGCACUGUUAAACUAAGAUGAUAAUUUAAAGGGUUAGUUUAUAAAAAUACACUAUAUACUAUUAUAGAUGAUGAUGAUGAUGAUGUGACACUCAGUGACUGCUAUUGGUAUCUAGCCAGAUAGCUUGAUUUAGUAGCAAAACAUUUAGAAAUUUGGUCUUGAAUACUGUAACAGUAAUACAGUAAUGUUACAGUAAAGCUGGAAGUCUAACCUGAAAUUUUACUUAUUGUGUCACAAGAAAACUUGAACAGCAUAUAGGAAACAAUCCACUAACACUGAGAGAACCACUAGUGUUUCUUAAAAUUAAUCAUUGUGUAUUGGUAUAUUUUUAAGAUACUGUAUGUUAGAAUGGUCCAAUAAGGAGGUUUGGUAGCUGACUGAUGUUGCCAUUCUCGUACCAAACUGAAUGAAGUCCAUUUCCAUAGUAUUAAUACUCUAUUUUACUAGGGUGUCCAAGUUAAUGAACAUAGCAUAUAAUUUUUUUUUUUUUUUUUUUUUUUUUUUUUUAACUCAAACAGGAAAAAAAUCUUAUGUGCUUCUUCAAACAGAUAAUAUAAUUUCUUGAAUGGAGUCUUGUAAUGCAAAGAUGCAUUUCAUUUUCAUGAUCACUUAUUAUGUAGAACGGUCUUCAUGAUGUUAAAUCAAGGCUACAGAGAGUCUAAUCUAAAAAUCUGUCAAUGAACAUAUCAAGGGGCUGCUUCAAAAGGGAGUGUUUGAGACUUUACGUUACGUUACUGAAAAGCUCUAGUUGAGCUUCAGCUGCAUUUGUAACUACAAACAAAUCACAACUAAUGAGGGAAAAUCCUGUCUGGAAACUGUAUAUGCAAUUUGUUGUUAAAUAACUAAAUUUUUUUUCUAUUGAUCUGAAUCUUAAUCUCAGAAAAAGGAGACAAAACUAGACAUUUCACAUGCCGUAAAGUAUCACAGCUCUCACUAUAAUUGCUCCUUCCGCCUUUCUCGACGGGUCCAACUGUAUGUGCACUCUUAAAACUAAUCAUUUCAUGUUUGUACUUGUUGGUUUUAUUCUGUAUAUAAGAACUGUUUUAUUGAUUGGUACUUAUUUCAAUGUCUCACGUCCACUUUGUUUUCAGUGUACUUCGUUAAUCAGGUUGUGUUUCACUUAAUUUGAGACUGGAAUUGUUUAUUUUUGUAGUGAUUUAGUGCUGAUAUUUCUAUGUUGACAUUCCUAAAAUGCUCUUGAACAAACGCAAUAAUGCUGGAACAACUGUUACACUUGAAUUGCUGCUCUGUGCUGGAAAAAAUUCAACGGGUUAAAGGUGAAUUCAUCUUGAUGCUGAUUUUUUUUUUUUUUUUUUUUUUUUUUUUUAGUAAAAAACUUCUAAAUGGCAAAUGUGACUGUUGUGUUUGUCAGAUAAUUGGUUGAUGCUUUUAACAGGGGAAUAUUGUUUGGAUGUAACCCAGACAUGAUCAUAAGCUAAAUUUGUUCAGUUUGGAAAUAAAUUAGGUGUAAUUUGCUGUGCAGAAUACUGGUAAGACUGCAAGAACAAAAUAGGCUAAACCUAGUCCAUACAUUGUUGAUGAAUGAGAUUUGAUUAGAUGCAAUCUGGACAGUAUGCAUGCAUUUAUUUAUGAAACAUAUUGAAUAAGUUUUGAUCCUGUAUCAACAGUUCUUGUCUUUUUUUCCUUGAGCAGAUUUGUAACUUUAAUGACUUAAUGAUACACACAGCAUGCAGUAAUAUAGCAACGAUGUACCACCACAAGACCAACU